UGCGCGCAGGCGAGCGCCGUGCCGGCCCUCGGCCUCCCGCUCGCUCCGCUGGGGCCGCGGUGCAUGUUCGCUCCCUGCCGCUGUGUGCCGAGAGGCAGGAGGACCAUGAAGAUGAUCCACUUUCGGAGCUCCAGCAUCAAAUCGCUCAGCCAGGAGAUGAAAUGCACCAUCCGGCUGCUGGACGACUCGGAGAUCUCCUGCUACAUCCAGAGGGAGACCAAAGGGCAGUUUCUUAUCGACCACAUCUGCAACUACUACAGCUUGCUGGAGAAGGACUACUUUGGCAUUCGCUAUGUGGACCCGGAGAAGCAGAGGCACUGGCUUGAGCCUAACAAGUCCAUCUCCAAGCAAAUGAAAUCUCAUCCACCAUACACCAUGUGCUUUAGAGUGAAAUUCUACCCACACGAGCCCUUGAAGAUUAAAGAAGAGCUCACCAGGUACCUUUUGUACCUGCAGAUUAAAAGAGAUAUUUUUCACGGCCGCCUGCUGUGCUCCUUCUCCGACGCUGCCUACCUGGGUGCCUGUAUCGUUCAAGCUGAGCUCGGUGAUUAUGAUCCCGAUGAGCAUCCUGAGAAUUACAUCAGUGAGUUUGAGAUUUUCCCCAAGCAGUCCCAGAAGCUGGAAAGAAAAAUCAUGGAAAUUCAUAAGAAUGAACUCAGAGGCCAGAGCCCGCCGGUUGCUGAAUUUAACUUACUCCUGAAAGCUCAUGCUUUGGAAACCUAUGGGGUGGAUCCUCAUCCGUGUAAGGAUUCGACAGGCACAACAACGUUUUUGGGAUUCACUGCGGCAGGCUUUGUGGUAUUCCAGGGAAAUAAGAGAAUCCAUUUGAUAAAAUGGACGGAUGUCUGUAAAUUGAAGUUUGAAGGGAAGACGUUUUACGUGAUUGGCACCCAGAAGGAGAAAAAAGCCAUGUUGGCAUUCCACACUUCAACACCAGCUGCCUGCAAGCAUCUCUGGAAGUGUGGGGUGGAGAACCAGGCGUUUUAUAAGUAUGCAAAAUCCAGUCAGAUCAAGACUGUAUCCAGCAGCAAGAUAUUUUUUAAAGGAAGUAGAUUUCGAUAUAGUGGUAAAGUUGCCAAAGAAGUAGUAGAGGCAAGCUCCAAAAUCCAGAGGGAGCCGCCCGAGGUGCACAGAACCAACAUCACGCAAAGCCGCAGCUCCCACUCCCUGAACAAACAGCUCAUCAUUAACAUGGAGCCCCUGCAGCCCCUGCUUCCUUGCUCCAGGGAGCGGGAGGAGGAGCUUCCUCUGGGUGAGGGUGUCCCAUUGCCUAAAGAGGAAGAGCUCCCUGCUCCCCUGACAGCCAGUUCACCAGUGAAGGAAGCCCGGGAGUAUGAAGAUUCCCCAAGUGAAGAGGAAGAUAAAAUGAAAGAAGAACCCUUGACCAUCUCUGAACUAGCGUACAACCCAAGUGCCAGCCUGCUCCCCACCCCCGUUGACGAUGACGAGAUCGACAUGCUCUUUGACUGUCCGUCCAGGCUUGAGCUGGAGAGAGAAGACACAGAUUCCUUUGAGGAACUGGAAGCUGAUGAAAAUGCCUUUCUGAUUGCCGAGGAAGAGGAGCUGAAGGAGGCUCGCCGAGCGUUGUCGUGGAGCUAUGACAUUCUCACCGGCCAUAUUCGGGUGAACCCACUGGUCAAGAGUUUUUCCAGGCUCCUUGUGGUGGGCCUGGGACUGCUGCUCUUUGUAUUUCCCCUGCUCCUCCUCCUUUUGGAGUCAGGUAUUGAUCUCUCCUUCUUAUGUGAAAUCCGCCAGACACCAGAGUUUGAGCAGUUUCACUAUGAGUACUACUGUCCCCUCAAGGAGUGGGUGGCUGGGAAGGUGAGCCUCAUGCUCUACAUGCUGGGUUGCUCCUGAAACUGCUGUCUCACCAGACUAAGGGCUAUAUUCAAUACUAGUGAUUCUUUUUUCAGUAAAUUCCUGGUUCUGAAUGGUCCUGCGGCUGUCAUCAGGCGUUCCUCACUCAUAGCUGAUUAUCCGAAUCCUUAGGUUAACUUUCCGUAGAUCACUGCACCUAAAUAAGUUUAAAUCAAGUACAGUCAUUUUAGUUAUGGGUCAGGAAGAUGGCCUUUAAAUAACCAAAAACGUGCUUAUUUUUUAUUGUAGUAUAGGCAAACUCUGUACUUAUGUAUCAUCAUACAUAACUCAUUGGGUUGGAUUAAUUUUUCCUGUUCUUAAUAGUUGGCACCAUUAAAGCUAUAAGGUUCAGAAUCAGAAUUUUUAGUGAAAACCCAAGGGAAAGUUUUUGAAUAUAAUCCUUAGUGAAAAAAAAAGUCUUCUAACCAAUGCCUAUACAACUAAAUUUAUGCUGGGUUUUACUUUAUGUUUUUUUUUAAAAAUAUUUUUAUGCGUUCAAACUAUUUUGGUAAAUUUUUAGCAAAAAAAAAAAAGAAGCCUCUUGGAGUUAUUUAAGUAUACAGAUUGUUAAGACUAAUGCACACAGGUAUAUUGGACAUUUUUUAAUAUUUUGGCACUGGUUUGUUUUUUAAAAUAUUUUUGGCUGAACAAUCCUAUAAUUUGUUAUUACUUGCAUAUGAAAUAGAAAAUGGGCAGAAAGACAGUGUAGUAAGUGAGCUCCCAGAACAGAUAAGGGAUGUAGAAACUGAGGAUAUUGAGUGGACACAGGGUGAUCCAUUUUGCAAAGUGUAUGGACAUGAUGACUUGAUAUUUUCAUUUGCAUUCUGUCCAUAGAGUUUGGCUGGGGAAGUAUAAGUAUAAAGUGAAGCUUUGAAGAAAAAAAUGGUAAAAGAUAUGCCAGUUAAUUGCAUAUUAUUGUACAUUAAUCUAGGAGUGGAAGCAGAGAGGAACUGGGCAAAUGGGAAGUAGCAAAAAGAGUCGUGUGAGGCUGGCAGGCAGGUACUGGUAGGCAAGGGAUGGUGAUGGCCAGCAUGCAGUGAUGGGAAGAACAGUGCAUCGCUAUCAGUUGACAUGAACAUGUUUCAGUGGAUCUAAAUAAAAGUGGAGAAACUUUAAGGUAAUUGACUUGGUUCCUCAUGCCAUUUGUUGUUUCUGUGGAAGGAAUUUCAAAAGUGUGUGUGUGUGUGUGUGUGUGAGAGAGAGAGAGAGAGAGAGAGAGAGAGGGCUUUUUGGUAAAUGCCAGUAAUUGUUCUUCGUUGUAGUCUUUGUACUCCUUUCCUUUCCCCAUUUCUUGAAGAAUUUUAGCUCAUUCUCAACUGGGGCUUCCACUGAGAAAGUGGAAGGGGCUCAGCAGAUGAUAGGCCAGCUCAGCUUGGGUGAAGUAAGCAGUAGAGGGGAGAUGUUCUGGUUCCUUUCUCCAGACCAGUAAGUCCGUGACAAAAAUGAUCUGGUGUCAUUCCAUGCAGAAUCCCAACACUGUGGCAUAAGAGAGAGAGAAGAGUGUGGUGCUUAUUGCAUGGGGAGUAGUAUUUCUCCAUGGACAGAAGAAUGUCAAUUGCUUUCAUUUACAGAGAUAGGGCCCCUGUUAUCUCUCCCUGACACUAGUGAUGCUUGAAUCCUUCCAUUAAUGUAAUUUCCAACUGGCAUUUCCAGUCCUACUCGUUUAAUGGAUCUCUGAAUACUUUAUUAGACAUUUAAUUUUGAAAGUGAGUUUUCAAAGUCAAUUCGUGAAGCCUUCAUUUGGACAAACUAUAAUAUAUGUGUGCUGUUAUUAGGUUUGCAAGAUUUUGCUUCUCAUGGGAUUUCAGGGUUUUAUACCAAUAUAGAAUUAUGUUUUCUAUGGUUAAAGCCCUCAACAGUUUAUUUUUGAAGUUUACAAAUGGCCAGCUUUGAAAUUGAAGGUUUUUUUUUAUUUUUCCCUUCUUUUCUUAUAUGACUUCUAAGUCAUCCUUUCUGAAAUCAGAGUGCUCCAUUGUAGUCUGAACAAAAUUAGUCCCCCUUCUGUUCCAUAUUAUUUUCUUUGAAGUUCUAACCAUGGCAAAUCAUCUAGCCCUCACCCUUUUAAUAUAAUAUUGAAACCUACUUUUUAAAUUAUGGAACUAAUAAAUUUUACAUGUGAGGUAUUUGAAAUAUACAACAAGAUAAAUAUCACAUGUAAUCCAACCAUGCAGAUUUAUAUUAAGGAGUAAUAGAUGUAUUAUUUCUUGCUAGCACCUUUGUUUCCCCUAGGCAGAAACUUCACUAUUGAAUAGCUGUGUUCUUAAGUGGUGGUGUUGACAGAAUAGGGUCUGCUGAAUUUGAACAAUUAACACCAGAUAUAAGACUGGGAUCCUGAAAAUGCCAUUUAGCUGGCAUAGGAUCAGGAUCAGAGCCUUUUGGAAACAUCUAUUUAAGUUUGUCAGAAGACAGUCACCCGUUGCCUGAAUCUAUUGAAGAAAAGACUGCUUCCAAAGAUGGGCAGUAUAUAAUCUACUGAGAUACAGAGUUCAAAGCAAGUGUGUGAGUAUAUGUAUAUUCCAUAUUAUUGCUACAUAUGUGUUUAUAUAUGAACCUGUACAUACGUGUGUAUUUGUAUAGACAUAACUGAUAGCCUUUCAUUUACAGUUAGGCUAUUUUGCCCCAAUUGAGAAAUUGAGGAAUUAUGACACGUGUUUUUCCCUCCCUCUCAGAUAACAUGGUUUCUAGGGGGUAAAAGCCACAGCAUAAAAACUAGUGUGUGCUCAUUUGUGGAAAUAUAUAUGUGUGUGUGUAUACAUAUACACAUGUAUACACAUGUGAUGUGUAUAUAUAUAUACACACACGUAUAUAUAUAUCUCCACACAUACACAGACACACACAUAUACAUAUAUGGCAAAUACAUAUACACACACAAUCUUGAUUUAGUGCUUAUGCAAGUUGGGUCAUGAAAACAAUGUAGGUAAAGUAUCAUGUGUUUCUGUGCUUGGAACAUAUUGUAAAAUGUCAUGUAUUUGGAGUGCAUUUUGUGGUUUGUCUAAUAUUUACAAACACAACUCUGGGGAGAAUUCACUAUGAGUUGAUUUCAUUGAUAUACUAGAGGUAUGGGGGCCAUGUGACUGUGAUUGGAGCCUUAUCUUUGUACAGUGAAAUUUGCAUUUCUAUGUCAACAAUCCAGGUUGUUUUAUAUGUUAAUAUGGUGGCAGGAAUCCCUAAUAAAAUUACU